ACCCCGGGAAGGAGGAGUUAUGUAGAUUACGGAUGAACGUUCUGGAGGGGAGCGAGGAGAGGAGGGAAGGAGAAGCAGAGGCGAGAGAGCGAGGAGCGGCCGAGGCCCUUCCCGCAGAAGCAGGAGGCGGUAGCGGCGGAGGAGGAGUGGGCGGUGGAGGAGGAGGAGGACGCACCCUCUGGAGGCGGCGGCGGCUGUUGCGGCUGCGACUCGGUUCUUUGAGCCGGAACCGCCGGUGAACUUGGGCGCCACGUUCCCGGCCGCGGGCCCACGAGGAUGGUGAAUGCGAGCUGCUGCUGACUUUACCUCAGCCGCUGCUUCUCUGGGGGCUGCCGAGCGCGGGGCCCUCUGUCUCCUCCCCUUGCCGGGCUGUGGGUGAACCUGCAGGCUCCUUACCCACCCGGAGGACUUUUGAAAGGAAACCAGGGAGGGAGGGAAAGGGAGAGAGGGAGAAAACGAAGGGGAGCUCGUCCAUCCAUUGAAGCACAGUUCACUAUGAUCUUACUCACAUUCAGCACUGGAAGACGGUUGGAUUUCGUGCAUCAUUCGGGGGUAUUUUACUUGCAAACCUUGCUUUGGAUUUUAUGUGCUACCGUCUGCGGAACGGAGCAGUAUUUCAAUGUGGAGGUUUGGUUACAGAAGUACGGCUACCUUCCACCUACUGACCCCAGAAUGUCGGUGCUGCGCUCUGCAGAGACCAUGCAGUCUGCCUUAGCUGCCAUGCAGCAGUUCUACGGCAUUAACAUGACAGGAAAAGUGGACCGAAACACAAUUGACUGGAUGAAGAAACCUCGAUGUGGUGUACCUGACCAGACAAGAGGUAGCUCCAAAUUUAAUAUUCGUCGAAAGCGGUAUGCGUUAACAGGACAGAAGUGGCAGCACAAACACAUCACUUACAGUAUAAAGAACGUAACUCCAAAAGUAGGAGACCCUGAAACCCGUAAAGCUAUUCGUCGUGCCUUUGAUGUGUGGCAGAAUGUAACUCCUCUGACGUUUGAAGAAGUUCCCUACAGUGAAUUAGAAAAUGGCAAACGUGAUGUGGAUAUAACCAUCAUUUUUGCAUCUGGCUUUCAUGGAGACAGUUCUCCCUUUGAUGGAGAGGGAGGGUUUUUGGCACAUGCCUAUUUCCCUGGACCAGGAAUUGGGGGAGAUACUCAUUUUGACUCAGAUGAGCCAUGGACACUAGGAAAUCCUAAUCAUGAUGGAAAUGACUUAUUUCUUGUAGCGGUUCAUGAACUGGGACAUGCUCUGGGACUGGAGCAUUCCAAUGACCCUACUGCCAUCAUGGCUCCGUUUUACCAGUACAUGGAAACUGACAACUUCAAACUACCUAAUGAUGAUUUGCAGGGCAUCCAGAAAAUAUAUGGUCCACCUGACAAGAUUCCUCCACCAACAAGACCUCUACCGACAGUGCCCCCACACCGCUCUAAUCCUCCAGCUGACCCAAGAAAGAAUGACCGGCCCAAACCUCCCCGGCCUCCCACUGGCAGACCUUCCUAUCCUGGAGCCAAACCCAGCAUCUGUGAUGGGAACUUUAACACUCUAGCUAUUCUUCGCCGUGAGAUGUUUGUUUUCAAGGACCAGUGGUUUUGGCGAGUGAGAAACAACAGGGUGAUGGAUGGAUACCCCAUGCAAAUUACUUACUUCUGGCGGGGCUUGCCUCCUAGUAUUGAUGCAGUUUAUGAAAACAGUGAUGGGAACUUUGUCUUCUUUAAAGGUAACAAAUAUUGGGUGUUCAAGGACACGACUCUUCAACCUGGUUACCCUCAUGACUUGAUUACUCUUGGAAGCGGAAUUCCCCCUCAUGGUAUUGAUUCAGCCAUUUGGUGGGAGGACGUUGGGAAAACCUAUUUCUUCAAGGGGGACAGGUAUUGGAGAUAUAGUGAAGAAAUGAAAACCAUGGAUCCUGGCUAUCCCAAACCAAUCACAGUCUGGAAAGGUAUCCCCGAAUCUCCUCAGGGAGCCUUUGUGCACAAAGAAAAUGGCUUUACGUAUUUCUACAAAGGAAAGGAGUAUUGGAAAUUCAACAACCAGAUACUCAAGGUAGAACCUGGAUAUCCCAGAUCCAUCCUCAAGGAUUUUAUGGGCUGUGAUGGACCAACAGACAGAGAUAAAGAAGGACACAGCCCACCAGAUGAUGUAGACAUUGUCAUCAAACUGGACAACACAGCCAGCACUGUGAAAGCCAUAGCUAUUGUCAUUCCCUGCAUCUUGGCCUUAUGCCUCCUUGUAUUGGUUUACACUGUGUUCCAGUUCAAGAGGAAAGGAACACCCCGCCACAUACUGUACUGUAAACGCUCUAUGCAAGAGUGGGUGUGAUGUAGGGUUUUUUCCUUUCUUUCUUUUCUAGGAGUUUGUGAUAACUUGAGAUUCAAGACAAGAGCUGUUAUGCUGUUUCCUAGCUAGGAGCAGGCUUGUGGCAGCCUGAUUUGGGGCUGACCUUUCAAACCCAGAGGGUUGCUGGUCCUGCACAUGAAUGGAAACGCACUCAUGGGGAAGCUUCCAUGAUGCACAGUACUUGCCGUUCUUCAGUCCUUUGUCUUUUUUUGUCAUUCAGUUCUAGGCCUUUCCUCUGCACGCUCAAUGCCCAGUAAAUUUUCAGGAUUACCUAAAGAGAAAAAAGAAGAAAAGAUUCUUCUUAAAGGUUUCUAAUAUGUUUUUUCUGAUGUCUGAGCCCAUUUCUGGGGGAAAAAAGCAAAAGAGAAAACCCACAAAUUUUUGCUUUACAGCAAGGAAAAAGAAAAGCUUAAACAAAAAACCCACAAUUGAACGUUCAGGAAAGUGUGAAGACCCAAAACAGCUUUGUCUCCAAAGAAGAUAGCUCUCUGACUGCUAUGGACAGUCUCCUACGCUUCGUUUUUGUCAGGUGGGAGACCUGGAAUACACAUGCAGGACUUUAGACUGUUGGGACAGCCAUUUUCCAACAAACAAGGGGCCAAAAUAUCUGCAAUAUUGUAACAGCCUUAAUACUACAUCCAUUUUUCGUUUUAUACAGCUGUUCUCAGCUAUGUUUUCAAUGUUUCAUCACAUUUAUAUUCACAGCUAUAUUCAAAUGGGACCUUUUAAUUGUUUUGAAGUGUUUCUAAACCCCUUCCCACCACCUUACCCCUACAUCAUUGUGAUAAUCUCCCCAAGUUGUAUUAGGCCACUGCCCCAGGCCUUCCAUGGGUCUGUCAGGAGUAUUCAUUAUAAGUGGAGCAAAAAGCAGUAUGUCUUUAAAGUGGUUUAAAGUGACAGUUAUUUUAUAAGGAUAUGUGACACUAGUAAUACAUUGGUGUAACCCUUUGAGAACUAUCAAAUCAGCUUUCAGAGUCUUAGGAUCUGGUAAAUUAUUGAACUGGACAAUGGUAAAAACAGGCACAGGUUCAAGAAGUUCAGGUUUUUAAAACAGAUAUCCUAUAACCCCAUGUAAUUUUUAAGUGAUUCACACUACUACAUAAAUGCAUUUAUAACAAACAGAAAUGAUGUUACUUGCCAAAAAUUUUCUGGCAAAUAAAAAAGUAUUUUAUUAAAUAUCUUGUAAGAGUGCAAUUUUAUUUGAACAACUGAUUAUAACAGCCUGUCUUUGUUGUUGUUGUUGUUAGACACAACACACAACACAAUUUCUGUUUUAAAAUCCAUUGCAUGAAAACUCAGUUUGUCGUGGAAGAUGCCGUAAGCAUUGCCAUCUAAAGAAUGAAUUAAAAUGAUGACUCUGAGAUUGCAUGAAUAUCCUCCACUGUAUUAGCUAUCUAUCGCAUGUCAACCAUAGUUCUCAAAGGGUUAGUGUGGCUUCUGGCAUUUAGCCAUCCAUUUGAUAGCUGACAGAGCCAAGAGACCACCAAAGCAUUUCAUUGUUGAGUGUAAUUUGUCCUAACAGCAGUAUUGUCAUUUUCACGUGACCUGCAGAGCAGGUUUGUAUCAAUAUUUUUUUCCUAGAGAAAAGUCAGCAACUGACAGACCUCUUAAUUGAUUUUCAGGCGCUGCUUCUUGCAGUGAAAGGCUUUACAGCCACUGGGCUGUGAACUUAUUAGAGAUGGUCAGAACGAAUGCACCCCAUGAGUCAGACAUUGGCUUUGUGUGAAAGCCAGCUUUUGAGGGGAUUAGAUUUUGAAACAAUGAACAGCUUGCCUUGAAGUUGAUUAUUGAUCUGUUGACUGUCAUUAACAAAAACUUAAACAUUAUCUUCUGUGAAAAUUUUCCUUGAAGAGUCCUGUUCUAUGUCUUUGCCCUUUGACCUUUAACUUGCAAACUGGCACAGAGGAAAUCUUGUGUUGCUUCUCCAUUGGAGUGUUAAUUGUUCUCUAAAAACCUAGUAAGCAUGAGCUGUUUCCUUAGAGUGGAGAGAGAG